AACAGGAAAUGCGUAGCAAGGUCGUUGUGGAAAAAACUGCUAGUGUGAUGAGUGCGAAACUCACCGGGUACAUUACUGUGAGGAUCAACGUACUGACCUGUUGUAUCCCAGAAGAUAUCGCUUCUUCAUUUAGUCUCAAGAUUCAAAACAGCUGGGAUUGAGACUUAAAGGCUCUUCAUUAUCAAAACGAUAUUCACUGGCUGAAAACGAGCACGUUAGAUAAGAGAGAAGAGUCUAGAAUCAGCAGGGUCACUGUCCGCACCAGAACUGUCAACUGACUGGAUCAGUGAAUCACUUAAAACGCGUUGUCAUGAGGAGUUUGCCUUAUUUCUGCCGGGGACAGGUUAUCCACGGAUUCGGACGGGGAAGCAAAGAACUAGGCAUCCCAACAGCAAACUUCCCAGAGUCGGUUGUGGACAACCUCCCUGCUGACAUCAGCACGGGCAUCUACUACGGAUGGGCACGUGUGGGUAAAGGAGACAUUCACAAGAUGGUGAUGAGCAUCGGCUGGAACCCUUACUACAAAAACACAAAAAAGUCUAUGGAAACGCAUGUGAUCCACACGUUUAAGGAAGAUUUCUACGGUCAAAUAUUGAGUGUGGCCAUGGUUGGUUACAUUCGCCCUGAGAGAGGAUUCACAUCGCUUGAUGAGUUGAUAGCAGCGAUUCAUAGUGACAUUGAGGAGGCGAAGACAAAGCUUGAUCUGCCUGAGCACUUGAAACUGAAAGAGGAUAACUUCUUUAAAUCGUCCGUAUCGACAACAGCCAAUCAGAUCUUGAACGGUCAUCAACUGUAACACUCACUCAUGAUCACCUCUAUUUAAAGCCAGUUUAUAUCAUAUGCAAUUUGUUGUUAUUUAUGUAAAAAGAAGAUGUCUGUCCCCGAGUGGUGCUCUGGUUAAGUGCAGGCACUGUGUACGUAUGUUCAUAUCAGGUAGCGCUUUUGUUUCUGUAUAUAAAGCAAAAAGAAAGAUGGUUACUAGAAUGACUGAGCUAUUAUCACUGCAGUUCCCAGGUUAAACGUCACAGAGCCCUUCCCAGAAUUCAAUGUUUACCACAGACCUCUUGCAGUGAAGCUAUGCGAAAGUCAAAAUCGGUCUUUGUUGAAAUUCCUCUUUAGUUUGGUCAUUUGCCUCCACCUUCAAUUUCAUUAUUGUUCAAGAAAGACUUUCUUUACAUCAAUAAAAUGCUUUAACAAUAGUUAUAAUUAAUUGGCAGCCCUCCUCUUUGAGAAGAAAUUAUUCUUUUUUUUUUUUUAUGGUUCUCAGAGAACCGUGACUAGAGGUGGAAGUCCAAGGUUGAUGUACAUGAAUGUAAAACUGGGCAGAGAGCGAACAAACAGUGACUGAAGAUACAAUCUGGCUGUACAUAGGUUUCGACUAUGUACAUAUGUAAUAGUACUAAACCUUCACAUAAAAUGGCUGCCUUUUUUUCCUUUUACCUUUUACAUUUGUAAAGAAACCGUAAGAGUCGAGUUAGAACAUGUAGGUUUACAAAUGUCCUUUUUAUUUACCUGUUUCUCCAUGUUGUGUUCCUAUAUAAUGCAUGCUUGAAACGUGCUGCUAGUUUAGUGUCAGACUACAGCAGGGAUGGGCAGCGUUGGUCCUGGAGAGCUGCUGUCCUGCAGAUUUCAGCUCCAACCUCAAUGAAACACGCCUGAACAAACUAAUCAAUGUCUUCAGGAUUACUAAGGCUAAAGGCAGGUGAGUUGAUCAAGGUUGGAAUUAAACUCUACAUGACAGCAGCACUCCAGGACCGACUUUGCCCAUCCCUGGACUACAGCAAUCCUCUGUAAAGGUGUGGUCCUAUCAGUGAAAUUUCAUGGGCAAAAAAAGGUUCAUUGUCAAUAGUGUAGAGAUGUAUGAAGCACAGCUCACACAAAUCACUUUCAAACCAAUCAGCUCUCUGUUGGUCAAAGCAGCGAAUUCACGUGACCAACUUGAACCAGUUGUGAAAUAUGCAUUGGGGAAAUUUUUCAUCCUCACGCGAAAUACCCAAUCACAUGAUUCCUAUUGAUUUUGCCUGUGAAAAUUUGCAAAACAGUGGUAAAUGUGACCACAUCUUAAUGUAGGCACAGAAAAGCCAUACUAUUUAAAACCUUUGUUAAUGCUGUUAUCUUCACAAAGAUGUUUAGACGCUCAUCUAGACAGGACCUUUAUAUGUUAAACUGCUGCUGCUUUAAAUGUUCGGUACUGUGUAUGUGUUUUUUCUUUUCUUUUUUGGUCAGGGCAGUGCCUUAGAUAUGUGAAAUCGAACACUAACACACAGUGCACAAACAAGCAUUCCUUCAAUGUUGACACCUACUUGUAAGCAUUAAACAAAAAUGCCUUA